AUGGGUAAAGGAAAGCCCCGUGGUUUGAACGCCGCGCGCAAGCUCGCGACCACCCGCCGUGACAACCGUUGGGCCGACUUGCACUACAAGAAGCGCCUUUUGGGUACUGCCUACAAGUCCUCCCCCUUCGGUGGUGCUUCCCACGCCAAGGGUAUCGUUCUCGAGAAGGUCGGUGUUGAGGCCAAGCAGCCCAACUCCGCCAUUCGGAAGUGUGUCAAGGUCCAGUUGAUCAAGAACGGCAAGAAGGUCACCGCUUUCGUCCCCAACGACGGUUGUCUUAACUUCAUCGACGAGAACGACGAAGUCCUCCUCGCCGGUUUCGGUCGUAAGGGCAAGGCCAAGGGUGAUAUUCCCGGUGUUCGUUUCAAGGUCGUCAAGGUGUCUGGUGUCGGUCUGCUCGCUCUGUGGAAGGAGAAGAAGGAGAAGCCCCGCUCGUAA